UCUGAGGUGUAAUUGAACGCAGCACUGUCAUGGCGUCUCCCAUGAAGGGGGCCUGCUAGCAGGGACUGGAGCCGCCGCCUUCCGCUGUCUGUCGGUGAACCGAAGCUUUUCUGCUCGCUGGAGGUUUAGUGGAGCUGCUGCUCAACAUGGGGGCCGUUCAUGCGAAGAGUCUGGAUCCGCUCCCGAUGCACGGCCGCCAUCUUGGCCUCAACCCCGAUGACCUGAUGGAGCCUCCGGAGCCGGAGACCGAGUCCAAACAGGAAGUCCUGGAAAACAAAGAUGUUGUCGUCCAACACGUCAACAUCCAAGGUUUAGGCAGAACCAAGGAAGACCUGCUGGGAUACGAGAUCUCCGAUGUUUUCCACGCCAAGAAUCUCAUCGACGUGAUGAAGAGAUCUCACGUGGCCAGGCUGAGGCUGCUCCGCCUGGGCAUCUUCAAAGAGGUGGAGGUCCUCAUCGACACAUCAGAAGGGAAAGACGCUCUGCCCAACGGCCUCGAUGUGACCUUCGAGGUGACGGAGAUCAAGAGGCUGACGGGAAGCUACAACACCAUGGUCGGCAACAACGAAGGAAGCAUGGUUCUGGGGCUAAAGCUGCCUAACGUGUUCGGCCGCGCCGAGAAGCUGACCUUCCAGUUCUCCUACGGGACCAAGGAGACGUCCUACGGCCUGUCCUUCUUCAAGCCGCAGCCCGGCUACUUCGAACGCAACCUGACUCUGAACCUGUAUAAAGUUACGGGUCAGUUUCCCUGGAGCUCCCUGAAGGAGACGGACAGAGGCGUGUCUGCAGAGCUGAACUUUCCUGUGGGCGUGACGAGCCACACGCUGAAGUGGGAGGGGGUGUGGAGGGAGCUGGGCUGCCUGGCACGCAGCGCCUCCUUCGCAGUGCGGGAGGAGAGCGGACACUCGCUGAAAUCUGCCCUCUCACACUCCAUGGCCAUCGAUUCCAGGAACUCCGCCAUCUUUCCCAGCAGAGGAGCCUUACUUCGCAUCAACCAGGAAGUGGCGGGAUACUCGGGGGGAGACGCUCGAUUCCUGAAGGAGGAUUUUGAGAUCCAGCUCAACAGAAAACUUUUCUGGGACUCGGUGUUCUCUGCUUCUCUGUGGGGGGGGAUGCUCUAUCCCCUCGCCGGCCAGCCUUCCUGCAUCGCUGACAGGUUCUACCUGGGGGGCCCCACCAGCGUGCGGGGGUUUGGGAUGUACAGCAUCGGUCCUCAGAGUGAAGGUGACUAUCUGGGGGGGGAGGCCUACUGGGCAGGUGGUCUGCACCUCUACACCCCCCUACCCUUCAGGCCCGGGAGGGGCGGCUUCGGAGACCUUUUCAGGACACACUUCUUCCUCAAUGCCGGGAACCUGUGCAACCUCAACUACGGUGAGGGACCUAAGGCUCACCUGCAGAGGCUGGCAGAGAGCAUCCGCUGGUCGUACGGCGCCGGCAUCGUGCUGCGGCUGGGAAACAUCGCCAGGCUGGAGCUGAAUUACUGCGUCCCCAUGGGGGUCCAGAGCGGAGACAGGAUAUGUGACGGCGUCCAGUUCGGAGCAGGAAUCCGCUUCCUGUGAUCUCUGCCCCCCCCCCUCCCUCACCCGUCUGGAGUUUGAUGCUGAUGGGGAGCGUUUCAUUUCUGCACCUGUUGUGAGAGUAAAGAACCAGAAGCAACGAGCCUCGCUGUGGAACUCCGCCUGCAGCGCAGAUUUCCAUCGACCGCAGACGGAGAACCUGAAUCACUCGGUCGGCUUUUCACUAUUUUUCUCCCGACGUGUUUUAUGUGGUGAAGUUAGCGCCAUAUGUGGCAGCAAAGUUCCUGGAGAAGACGAAGCACACCUGGAAACGCACUAAGGAUGAGGGGAGGAGCGCCGCCUCCUCGCUUCGUCUUUCACCUGGAAUGCUCCAGAAUAAAUGUCACCUCCUCCUGUUU